AUGCCGAAGUUAGAACAGUGGGAAAUAAAGAAAUACUGGCAGAUAUUCUGUGGCCUCAAGCCAGUCUCCAAAAAACUCAGCAAACAGAAACUUGAAACCGUUUUCCGCAACUCACAUCUUGAUGACAGUACGCUUGCCGAGGUGUGGAAGUUGGCAGAUAUCGAUGAAGAUGCACAAUUGGAUUUCGAGGAGUUUUGUAUUGCCAUGAGGCUUAUAUUUGAUCUGGCUCAGAUUCUCAAGCAAAGAGGAGACAAUUCAGGAUCAGGCUCGUCAAAUCAGGUGGCUGACAGCGAUGAUAGUGAUGAAGAUUAUCAAUUGAGCGAUGAUUUUGAUUGGUACAUCUCACCAACGGAUAAGAAAACGUACGAGUCUGUUUAUGAUGUUGCAUGCGACAAGUUCGGCCGGGUGAAGUUUGAUUCCUUAAAGGAUCUAUACAAGACACUCAACAAUGUUCCACAGACGGAUAUUUCGUCUGCGUGGAAUUUGGUGAAUCCAAAACAGUCUAGAGCUGUGGAUAAAGACCAGUGUAUGGUUUACCUACAUAUAUUAAACCAGAGAUCGCAUGGGCGGCGUGUUCCACGUUCUGUUCCCGCCUCUUUACGUGCAACAUUUUCAAAAGAAACCCCUGACUACAACGUGGAUUCUCACCAAGGGAACAUUGGUGUGAGAAGCUCGAGUCAGAAUUCGAAUGCAUUUGCAUCUGGAUACUUGGAAAAAAAGCAUGGAUCUGCCCAGGGACGUGUGAACACGCAGGAAGAUGAUUUUGAUGAGACACACGAUGAAAAUUGGGAGCAGGUGAAGCUAGAGAGAGAAUUGAAGAAUCUCACGAGCCGGUUGGAUAACAUUGACAAGGAAAAAGAGCAGUCGAAGAGUGAAAUAAGCAUGCAGAAAUACGAACUAGAGCAACUUCUAAAAUACAAGCAGUCAAUACUUGCUGCGGGACAGUCGCAGAGUGGCGUCGACAUGCAGACUAUUCAGGAUAAUAUAGAAUCAGUGGAGACCCAAGUGGCCCAGUUGAGGGAUUUUUUGAAGAGUCAAAAGGAGCAAUUAUCGAGUUUACAGUCGCAGGUUAAUGCGGCCAAGAGUUAA